UGGUAUUAAUGCAAUUGUUUUGUAUUUGAAACGUAUUUGUUUAAGUAAGAUAUUACUGAAAUUAUGGAAGAUAUUGAAGAACAUCUUCAAAUUACAGAAGCAAAGAUUUCCAAAUUAAAUGAUUUUAUAGCAUUAAGUUUGAGAAGAAAUAAAAUCUCCAGAGAAUUAGAGCAACUUACGUUAAGAGCAAUUGAAGUACGUGAUCUAAUGACUGAAGCGCAUGAACUACUACAAAAGGAAAUCAACACUUUGGAAUGUGAUUAUGAUCAGGUAAUGUCUGAAAUGAGAAGCAAACAAAUGUUAGUAAUGACGUAUACAAUUAAAGAAAAGCAAAGAAAAAUUAAAGAAGCUGAAGAGGAGGAAAAGAAACUUCAGUUAGUCCUAAGUUGCGGAAAAUCCAAUGUCAAGUUAAAUAGUGCCCUGAAAGUUAAUAGCACAGCUUCAAAAUCUGCUGUUAAAAAGUUGGGUCACAAUUUAGCCAAAUUAAAUUUAAAUCAUGCUCUUUCUUCUGUAACACCUAAAAUAAAAAUAAGCGAAUAUAAGGAUUCUCCAUUGGUUAAAAAGAAAGCCAAUCCUAUAUCAUUUCAAUUUGAGGAAUUUGAUGUUACUAUAUCGCAACAACAAUUUGACACAAUUCCAAAAUAUAUGUGUGGCCGUGAAAAUUUGGAUCAAUUAAAUUCAUUUUUGGAAACAGUUAUAAUACCUUGCUUUAAUGAGAAAUAUCAAUUAAUACACAAGGAACGGAGUUGCUUAAGAAAUUUAAAUGAUUUAGAAUUGUGGAAAUUAUACAAUGAGCAGUCUUCCUGUUUACCUGGACGUAACUUUAUAACUCCUGGAGAUCUAACACGAAAACUGAAUAAAAUGUUGGAUAAAAAGACACAAAAUCGAAUAGUAAUGCUUAGACAUAUCGGUAUUUUACAUGAAGUUCGUGUCAAACAAACAGUAUGCUACGUUUGGUCAUAUAAUGGUCAUCAUUAAAUAUUAUUUUCUAUAUUUAAAAAAUAGCAUUUAAUCAACAUUUUAUAUACAUAUGAAUUUACAAACAGACAACAAAAUUUAAUAAAUGUGUGGAACUUAGUAAUAGAGUGGAAUGUUGUAACUUAUUAAUUAAAUUAUUCCAAAUUACAAAUGAAUUAAACGGAAUUGAAUAAAUAAAAUACAUUUUUAAUAACGCGCGAAAA